CAGACAUGUCAUGUGACAUCCUGAGCAAAAGGGGGCGCUAUUUCGGGCACACGCGCCGGAGCCGGAGGUUUUUCUCGGUUAACCUAUCACCCCGUGUCGAUUGAUCUUGAUAAAAAAAAGUUAUGUUAAUCAGCAUGUCAUUAGACCCCCUCUCCCUUUUCCUAAAUUACAAUUUCUUUCAAACUUCACAUGUAGGGCUGCAACCAUGAUCUACUUUAUGUGUAUGUCGAGGGUGAUUGUGUUGAACUGACAGUAGUGCUUACUGCUUUUCUUAAUUACUUAAUUAAUUGCCUACACGGUGUAUGGGUGGAUACUAAUUAAUACUACAUUAAUUAACUACAUUUUCUCGAGUACUGUAACGAAGUACAAUUUUUAGUAAAUAUUUGGAUGGUAUGCUACUUUACACGUCCACUACCAUCUCCGUGACGAUAGGGGGCAGAGUCGAGCAAGAAAGCAGAAAACGCAACGUCAGUGUCACAUAAAUAGAAGAAGGGUCCAUUCAGCCAUUACACUCUAACUCACAGCCCUGAGUCGCUAGUGGUGGAGGACAGGUCAUCAGCAACCCGACAACAUGUUAUCCGUGAGAGUUGCAGCAGCUUUGGCCAGGACCCUGCCCCGACGGGCUGGAUUUGUGUCCAAGGCUGUACCGGCCGCCUGCGUUGGGGUCAACCACCUCCACACACACAGACCAUGGCUGCAGAAGACAGGCACAGCUGAGGUGUCUUCAAUCCUGGAGGACAAGAUCUUGAGUGCUGACACCUCUGCUGACCUGGAGGAGACCGGGCGUGUGCUGUCCAUUGGUGACGGUAUUGCCAGAGUGUAUGGGCUGAGGAAUGUACAGGCAGAAGAGAUGGUGGAGUUCUCCUCUGGACUAAAGGGCAUGUCUCUGAACUUGGAGCCUGACAAUGUUGGUGUUGUGGUGUUCGGUAAUGACAAACUGAUCAAGGAGGGUGACAUAGUGAAGAGGACCGGUGCCAUCGUGGAUGUCCCUGUUGGUAUGGAACUGCUGGGCCGUGUGGUGGAUGCUCUGGGAAAUGCCAUCGAUGGAAAGGGUCCUCUGGGUUCCAACACCCGUAGGCGUGUGGGUCUGAAGGCUCCUGGUAUCAUCCCUCGUAUCUCUGUGAGGGAGCCCAUGCAGACUGGAAUCAAGGCUGUGGAUAGCCUGGUGCCCAUUGGCAGAGGCCAGCGUGAGCUGAUCAUUGGUGACAGGCAGACCGGCAAAACUGCUAUUGCCAUCGACACAAUCAUCAACCAGAAGCGCUUCAACGAAGGAACGGAAGAGAAGAAGAAGCUGUACUGCAUCUACGUCGCCAUCGGCCAGAAGAGGUCCACUGUCGCCCAGCUGGUGAAGAGGCUCACCGACGCUGAUGCAAUGAAGUACACUAUUGUGGUCUCUGCCACUGCCUCUGAUGCUGCUCCUCUGCAGUACCUGGCCCCAUACUCUGGCUGCUCCAUGGGAGAGUACUUCAGAGACAAUGGCAAGCACGCCCUGAUCAUCUACGAUGAUCUGUCCAAGCAGGCUGUUGCCUAUCGUCAGAUGUCCCUUCUGCUGCGUCGUCCUCCCGGUCGCGAGGCUUACCCCGGUGACGUGUUCUACCUACAUUCUCGUCUGCUGGAGAGAGCUGCCAAGAUGAACGACAACUUCGGCGGCGGCUCCCUCACUGCCCUGCCUGUUAUUGAGACCCAGGCCGGUGAUGUGUCUGCCUACAUCCCCACCAAUGUCAUCUCCAUCACAGACGGGCAGAUCUUCUUGGAGACUGAGCUGUUCUACAAGGGUAUCCGCCCAGCUAUCAACGUGGGUCUCUCUGUGUCCAGAGUAGGCUCUGCUGCCCAGACCAAAGCCAUGAAGCAGGUGGCCGGUACCAUGAAGCUGGAGCUGGCUCAGUACCGUGAGGUGGCUGCCUUCGCCCAGUUCGGCUCUGACCUCGACGCUGCCACCCAGCAGCUCCUUAGCAGGGGUGUCAGGCUCACUGAAUUGCUCAAGCAGGGGCAGUACUGUCCCAUGGCCAUUGAGGAGCAGGUAACAGUCAUCUACGCUGGUGUCAGAGGUCACUUGGACAAAAUGGAGCCCAGCAAGAUCACAAGGUUCGAGAAAGCUUUCCUGCAGCACGUCCUCGGCCAGCACCAGGACCUGCUUACCUCUAUCAGGGUUGACGGCAUGAUCUCGGAGGCAUCGGAUAUUAAACUGAAGCAGAUUGUACUGACCUUCCUGUCCAGUUUUGAGUAAUGGAUAGCACUUCCAUUGAUCUUCAGUGAGCUGCCCGUCUGUCUCGUUAUGCUUCUAUAUGUGAACACACACUGAAGGCCAAAACCUCCAUGUACAGAUUUCUCCAAAUAAAAUUUUACAACCCUACCGUGGUGUAAAAUUCUUCUGAUUGUGAGCAUAACUACAGUAAGUUUAGUGGGGUGUUUUUGUUGGUUCCCUGUGAGCAGAUUCCACCAGUGGCAGAGGAGUAAUAACUUGUGUGGGAUGAAAAAACAUAUUUAUUUAAACGCACUUAUUGUGCUUUUGAAUUUAUGCCUGCCUAAUAUUUCAGUGUUCCAAAAUGAAAAGGUGACCUGCAUAACAAUCCAAAAGUUGAGUUCUGUUUACUGUUACGAGUUGUUCAUAAGAGCGUUAUAUUUAAGAGGGCAAGUGAGCGUGUUUUAGUCUUGACUGCUUUCAAAGGAUGGAAGGACUAAGCCUGUUCUCUCACGUGGUUGAAAUGUUUGAUACCAUGGUAAUAAAUUGAGUGACACUGUCACACAUUACA